AAACGUCCGCCCCGUAACCCACAUAACCUAUGCAGCGCCCCGCCGCGGCCGUCGCGCCCAUUCAGAGCGGUUGAGCGACGAACCAAUGCGUGACGGCCGUGCGUAGACGCGAGUACGCCAGACCAAAGCACUCGGACCGAGAAUCCUCCGUUAGAAGACGUUAAGAGCGAUCGCCGUUCCAGUGAUCUCCAUCAUUUGGUGAAAAAUGUCGAAGAAACCAGGUGCAACUCAAGCCCUACACAAAGUUAUUAUGGUCGGCAGCGGAGGCGUCGGCAAGUCUGCCCUUACUCUGCAAUUUAUGUACGACGAGUUUGUUGAAGAUUACGAACCUACAAAAGCAGAUUCGUACAGGAAAAAGGUUGUACUGGAUGCGGAGGAGGUACAAAUAGACAUUCUGGACACCGCGGGUCAGGAAGAUUACGCAGCUAUUAGAGACAAUUAUUUUCGCAGCGGAGAGGGCUUUCUCUGCGUAUUUUCCAUCACGGAAGACGACAGUUUUCAAGCCACGCAAGAAUUUAGAGAGCAAAUACUCCGGGUGAAAAACGACGAAAACAUUCCCUUCCUCCUAGUGGGUAACAAGAGCGAUCUCCAGGAAAAGAGGAAAGUCAGCCUGGCGGAGGCACAGUCCAGGUCUCAACAGUGGGGCGUUCCAUACGUGGAGACCAGUGCCAAGACCAGGGAAAACGUCGACAAGGUGUUCUUCGACCUGAUGCGAGCGAUAGCCGCUCGCAAGGCUCGAGAGAACCAGGCCGAGGGCGGCGAGCGCAAGAAGAAAGCGAACUGCUGCAACCUGCUUUAACGAACGCCGAGGACCCGAAUAACCGCACCUCGCGGAAAUACGGCAUGCUGAGCCUCGUCGUGGUCAACGGAACGCCGUACACUCCGAGACGCGGCUCGUCGGCAAGGUCAGCGCCUCCCGAGGACGGAAGGCGACGGGAGGGCUCGGCCCCUGCACUUUUUCCUCUCUCUCUCCGUUUACUUUCGGCCACGCUGGCUUCGCGCGACUCGUCGACUCGGGUCGGGGACGAGGACGAAGAGGUCCGCCCGGGGGCCCGAGGAAGCCGCCGACUCCUGCUCGGGGAACGGCUCGGCUCCGUCCAGGGAAACGCGUUCCCUCGUUCGCGCCGACCGCCGAAAACGCAUCGGACGCUGGCGGAACCUUCUCUCGACGAACGCGAUGUAACCGAUUUUCGAAUAAACCUUUGAUUUUCUA